AUGAUGCAAGUGCAAUUCAUCCUAUUCCUGUUUCUUGUUCUUUUUGGGCCACUUUUUGUGACCUCAUUAGACUCAGCUUUCAACGAUGAUAUUAUGGGGUUGAUUGUGUUCAAAGCUGGUCUAGAAGAUCCAAAAGGUAAACUUUCUACAUGGAAUGAAGAUGAUUAUAGUCCCUGCAAUUGGGUUGGUGUCAAAUGUGACCCUGCAACCAAUAGGGUCUAUGCUCUUGUCCUUGAUGGAUUCUCUCUUUCUGGGCAUAUUGAUAGAGGGCUUUUGAGAUUGCAAUUCCUUCAAAUUUUGUCUCUUUCUAGGAAUAACUUGACAGGGACCAUAAACCCUGAUUUUCAUAGCCUUUGGAAUUUACAAGUUGUUGAUUUGAGUGAGAACAACCUUGUUGGGUCAAUCCCAGAUGGGUUUUUCCAGCAAUGUUGGUCUCUAAGAGUAGUAUCAUUUGCCAAAAACAACCUUACAGGUAAGAUUCCUGAUUCUUUGAGCUCUUGCUUCUCAUUGGCAAAUUUGAACUUUUCCUCUAAUCAGCUACAAGGGGAAUUACCAUCUUGGAUGUGGUAUUUGAGGGGACUGCAGUCACUUGAUCUUUCAAAUAACUUGCUGGAGGGAGAGAUUCCUGAAGGAAUUCAAAGUCUAUAUGAUUUGAAGGUGUUAAGGCUAGGAAAGAAUAGUUUCACUGGUUGGCUUCCUGGAGAUAUUGGAGGCUGCAUGCUUUUGAAGUCCAUUGAUUUCAGUGAUAAUUUUCUCUCUGGGAAGCUUCCUGAUUCAAUACAAAGACUCACCUCAUGCACAUCCCUUAGUUUGCAAGGGAAUUUAUUCACAGGAGGCAUUCCAAAUUGGAUUGGAGAAUUGAAAAGUCUAGAGAUGUUGGAUCUUUCUGCAAAUAGAUUUUCUGGUUGGAUUCCAAAAUCAAUAGGAAACCUUGACUUGCUGAGUAGAUUAAAUCUCUCCAGGAAUCAGAUCACAGGAAACUUGCCAGAGUCAAUGGUAAACUGCAUUAUGCUUUUGACUCUUGACAUCAGCCACAAUCACUUAUCAGGCCUUCUUCCUUCAUGGAUAUUUAGGAUGGGUUUACAAAGUACCUUGCUUUCUGGGAACAGCUUCAGUAACAGCCGUUAUCCUUCACUUACUUCCUUACCUGUAUCUUAUCAUGGUCUUCAAGUUUUGGAUUUGUCAUCAAAUGCAUUUUCUGGUGAACUUCCAUCUGGCAUUGGAGGUCUUAGUAGCUUGCAAGUCUUAAAUUUGUCCUCCAACAAUAUCUCUGGUUCUAUUCCAUUGAGUAUAGGAGAGCUUAAAUUUUUGUACAUUCUUGACUUAAGUGAUAACAAGCUUAAUGGAAGCAUUCCUUCUGAAAUAGAAGGGGCAAUUUCACUUAGUGAACUGAAGCUACAGAAGAACUUCUUAGGUGGGAGAAUUCCAAGCCAAAUUAAGAAAUGUUCAGCCCUAAACUCUUUGAACCUUUCUCACAACAAGCUUAUUGGUUCAAUCCCUUCACCCAUUGCAAACCUAACCAAUCUUCAGUAUGUAGAUUUGUCAUGGAAUGAACUCUCUGGAAGCUUACCCAAGGAGCUGACAAAUCUUUCCCAACUUUUAACAUUUAACGUUUCAUACAACCACCUUCAAGGUGAGCUACCAAGUGGUGGCUUCUUCAAUACCAUCUCUCCUUCAUAUCUAUCUGGUAAUCCAUUGUUAUGUGGUUCUGUUGUUAAUCACUCUUGCCCACCUUUCCAUCCAAAACCUCUAGUCCUAAACCCCAAUUCUUCUUAUUCCAACUCAAGAACUUCCUUACAUAAUCUUCAUCAUAAGGUCAUGCUCAGUAUCUCUGUCCUUAUUGCUAUUGGUGCAGCUAUUUUUAUUGCCAUUGGUGUGGUGGUUGUUAUUGUCCUAAAUAUCCAUGUGCAGUCUUCAAUGUCACGUUCUGCUGCUCCAUUUGCAUUCACUGGUGGUGAGGACUAUAAUUGUUCACCUGCAAAUGAUCCAAACUAUGGAAAGCUUGUGAUGUUUUCUGGUGAUGCUGACUUUGCUGAUGGGGCUCAUAAUCUUCUUAACAAAGGCAAUGAAAUUGGUCGUGGUGGAUUUGGAGUUGUUUAUUGCACUGUCCUUCAAGAUGGGAAUUGUGUUGCAAUCAAGAAGCUUACAGUGUCUGGUUUUAUCAAGUCCCAAGAAGACUUUGAGAGAGAGGUUAAUAAGCUUGGGAAGAUUAGGCACCAGAAUCUUGUGGCACUUGAAGGUUAUUAUUGGACUUCAUCCUUGCAACUCCUUAUUUAUGAGUACAUAGCUAGAGGGAGUUUGCACAAGCUUCUACAUGAUGAUAAUAGCAAAAUUGUCCUUUCUUGGCAACAAAGGUUCAAGAUUAUUCUUGGAAUGGCAAAAGGGUUGGCAUAUUUGCACCAAAUGAACAUAAUCCAUUAUAAUCUAAAAUCAACUAAUGUUUUGAUUGAUUGUUCUGAUGAGGCAAAAAUAGGAGAUUUUGGUUUGGUGAGGCUAUUGCCAAUGCUAGAGCAUUGCAUUUUGAGUAGCAAAAUUCAAAGUGCACUUGGAUACAUGGCUCCUGAGUUUGCUUGCCUCACAGUUAAGGUAACUGAAAAAUGUGAUAUAUAUGGUUUUGGAAUCCUGGUCCUGGAGGUGGUGACAGGAAAAAGACCUGUGGAAUAUAUGGAGGAUGAUGUGGUUGUUCUCUGUGACAUGGUGAGAGGUGCAUUGGAGGGUGGCAAGGUAGAGCAAUGUGUUGAUGAGAAGCUUUUGGGUAAUUUUGCUGCAGAGGAAGCAAUUCCUGUGAUGAAAUUGGGGUUAGUUUGUGCAUCACAAGUACCAUCAAACCGUCCUGAUAUGGCUGAGGUAGUCAACAUAUUAGAGUUGAUACAAUGCCCUUCAGAAGGAUAA